AUAGGAAACACUCCAAUGGUGUAUCUAAACAAUAUAGUAGAAGGGUGUGUGGCAAAUAUAGCAGUCAAGUUAGAGAUGAUGGAGCCAUGUUCAAGUAUUAAAGAUAGGCUUGGAUAUGCAAUGAUCAAAGAUGCAGAAGAUAAAGGUCUAAUUACACCAGGAAAGUCGGUUCUGAUAGAGAUUAGCGGUGGAAACACUGGAAUUGGUCUAGCAUUUGCUGCAGCUGUUAAGGGCUACAAACUCAUAGCUGUAAUGCCUGAUAAUUACAGCAUUGAGAAAAGGAUAAUUGUUAGAGCAUUUGGAGCUGAUAUGUAUCUGACUGAUAGUAGUAAAGGAAUGGAAGGAUUCUUGAAGAAAGUUCAUGAGAUUAUUGAAAGAACACCUAAUGCUCAUUUCUUAAACCAGUUUGAAAAUCCUAUGAAUCCAAGGAUUCAUUAUGAAACGACAGGGCCUGAGAUUUGGAAUGGUUCUAAUAAGAAAGUUGAUAUUUUGGUGGCUGGAAUUGGAACAGGGGGUACUGUUACUGGUACAGGAAGGUUCUUAAAAGAGAUGAAUCCAAAUAUAAAAGUUUAUGGGGUUGAACCAGAAGAAAGUGCGGUUUUAAAUGGAGGAAAACCAGGUCCACAUAAGAUACAAGGACUUGGUGGUAUUAUUCCACCUGUUUUGGAUCAAACUAUUCUUGAUGAAGUUAUUCCAAUAUCAGGUGAAGAAGCCAUUGAAACCGCGAAACUUCUUCCACUAAAGGAAGGUUUAUUGGUGGGGAUUUCAUCAGGGGCGGCUGCUGCUGCUGCAAUAAAGAUUGCGAAACGACCUGAAAAUGCUGGCAAACUUAUUGUUGUUGUGUUCCCUAGCUGCGGGGAGCGUUACCUGUCAACCGAGUUAUUUGAUUCGCAUCGUUAUGAGACGAAAGGAAUGGAUUUCCACUCCGAGUGA